GACGACGACGACAUUGAGGAUCAUGAAGGUAAUGAUGGAGAUGCGAACGAACAGGGGAAUGAUCAACGAGAAGGCCUUCGUGCCGAAGGCGAGGAUAGCAGUCCUCCCGUUGGAGCCCGUGGAUUUGGUGGCUUGGAUGAGCCUACGGCAAUGGCUAUCUUUGGUGAUUAUCGCCAAUUUGGCUCGUAUAUGAUGUCUCUUUCUGGACGCCUCAAGACUAUGCUAAAUAACAUCAAGUCCACCGCAAACCCUACUACUCGACUUGUUACCUUGCAGGAACUCAGUGAAUUACUCAGUAUUAGCACUGAGGAUACUUUGGCGGGUUCAUUUCAAGUGGAACAAUUUGUGAAAGAAUUGGUCAAGAUUCUAGGAGGUCGUGGUGUCGAUGGAGAUGAUGACGACGAGGGAGGUGAGGAUGUCGAAGAACGUGACGAAGAUGCUGCCCUCGCAGCUGCCCUGGCCCUUAGUGCCGGAGGCGCCACUUAUCAGGGGGAUGAAAACCUGGAAGCGCAAGUGUUAGCUUGCCGAUGCUUGGCGAACUUGAUGGAGGCUCUGCCUGGCGUCGCGCAUACUGUCGUUUAUCACGGCGCUAUUCCAGUUCUGUGCCAUAAACUAAUUGAAAUAUCAUAUAUCGAUCUAGCAGAACAAACAUUGAGCACUCUAGAGAAAAUCUCCGAAGAAUUUCCUAGCUCUAUUGUCCGAGAGGGUGGUUUGUCGGCCUUGCUGAAUUACCUCGACUUCUUCUCGAUUGCUGUGCAACGAACCGCACUACAAGCUGCUUCCAACUGCUGUCGAAAUGUGUCUGCUGAACAAUUUCCCAUGAUUCGUGGCGUUUGGCCCAUUAUCCGUAACUGCUUGGGAUAUGCUGACCAGCGGUUGGUGGAUUAUGCGUGUUUGUGUGUAAUCCGCGUCAUCGAUUCUUACUAUCGCACUGCAACGGAGAACCUUGAGAGUCUCCUUGAUAAAGACACGAUCAAGGCCAUCAACUCUCUUCUAAUGCCUGCUGGUGGAUCCCCGUUGGUUCCAGCUAAUACUUAUACACUUCUGGUCCGUGCCUUGGCGACAGCUGCUCGUGCCAGCCCCAAGAUCACGGUUACCUUACUUCAAGCGGAUAUUGUUGGAACCCUCUACCAAAUUUUGACAGGUGUUCUACCGUCUGCAUCGGAAGGGUGGGAAGAGCAAGGAGGUGUGAGUGGGGGUCAAGGCCUAGGGGGAGGGAUGGCAGAUAUGACUGUAAUGGAAAACCUUGCUAAUCGUCCAAAAGACCAGAUUGAAGAGGCGCUUGGUUUGGUGUCUGAACUCAUGCCCCCGUUACCUAAAGAUGGCGUUUUUGAUCAUAAAGCAUAUACUGAUAAAGCACUUGCGAGAAUGAUCAAAGCGAAAGCUAAAGCAGACAGGGCAGCUGCGCGUCAGUUAGCUGCCGCUGCCGCAGGCUUUCCCGUUUCAUCAUCUGCAACUGCAGCUUCCACUCCAGCCUCUGUGCAAGGUGCCUCCGCGUCGGAAUCUCAUCAAGAGGCAAGCGUGGGAGAAUCUCACGUUCAAGAGGUGGACGAGACAGGUGCAAUCAAUCCCCCUGCUGAGCAGACUGUAGAUCGGACAGAAUUACUUCGUUCUCAACCAGAAGUUGUCGGACGAUUCAUGCAAUUAAUUGUUCCUAUUUUGAUAGACGUCUAUGCGGCUAGUGUUAGUACUCCCGUGCGGGUCAAGACUCUCACAGGACUGCUAAAAGCUGUCGGUUUCCUUGAAGGGGAUGCCCUCAGACGAGUAUUCAAUUUUGUUCCAGUCGCUAGCUUUGCUUCGUCGAUAUUGUCUUCAAAGGAUCACCCUUCUUUAGUCAUAGGGGCUCUGCAGCUCGUCGACCUCCUUCUCACGAAGGUUUCCACAGAUUUCAAACCAGAAUUUCGCAGGGAGGGAGUAUUCCACGAAAUAGAGCAGUAUUCCGCAAGACCACUCAACUCAACAAAAUCUAAAGACAAAGAUAAGGACAAGGACUUGUCGGACGCACCUUCACCAGCGGAUACGGGCAACAUCCCAAUCCAUACUUCUGCCACCGUCAGCUCAGCAUCAGUGAUACCUGGCUUCAAGAAACUGUCUUCAUUGUCUCUUGACCCGGACGAUGCUAUCACCCUACGUGCCCGUGUCAUCAGCUUCAAGCAUCUCUCAGCUUACGAACAAGAACAUGGUGAUAACGCUUUCGAAGCCCUACGGCUUUCAAUGGAGCAACUUUCGGCUCCAAAUGCGUCCGAACAAUCCCUGCGUGUUACGUUGAGUGAGCUCGCGGAUCUUUUUGCAUCUCCGCGAACUUCCGUCUCCAGCUUUGAGUUACUGCAAAGCGGCGCUGUAGAUGGGCUUUUACAAUUCACAACUGAUCCUGAACGAAGCAUCAGCGUCAAGAAGAGGCAGGAACUACUGUAUGAUGCCUUCACUUCGCGUAAAAGUAGAGGGACUGGGACAGUCGAAACCCCCUUUGCAAUGUUUGUAAGGAAGCUUCAGGAGAGUCUUACAAGGAUGGAAUGCUUUGAAGUCGUUACUAUUACUCAGGGCAUCGAUGAUUCCAAACGUAGCUCGCCAUCCUUACUUGCUAGGCAACUUCGUCUGAGGUUGACCGCUGAAGAUGACUCUGACAUCCCUCGUAACUUGCACAACAUCGUCGUCUCGAUUCAUGCUAUUGCGACGUUCCAGGCUCUAAAUGAUUACCUUCGUCCUAGAGUAGCUGGACUUAUGCCUAGCGGUCGAUUGUCUGGCAUGCUCGCAGCAUUAGCUGCAUCUGGUUUUGGACCCGCAUCUUCAUCACGGGCUCCAGUAGAAGGUCAAAAACAGCCCAUCAAGACUACACCUCCAGCUGCGGGUGAGGGCGGCGCUGGUGCUACUCCCGCAAUUGAACGUAGGCGUAGCCUCCGCCUCAGCGCGAAAAAUGGCAAAAACGAAGAUGUUUCUGGCACAGCAGGCACAGAGGCUUCAGGGGAUACAAGUCAGCAAGAAGCCCAAAGUUCCGCGGCUGCUGUAGCUCCAACUAUCGAAAGUUCUCCCCCUAGUUCAGCCUUGCCGUCUUUAGCCAGCCUGUCAAAUGACCCACUUGUACAUGAGAGUGGAUAUGCGGCCGAGUUUACUGACGACGAAGUGGAUGCUGAGGUUUUUGAUGAGGAUGAUGAUGGCGAUCACCCCGCGGAAAAAACUGUUACAUUGUCCAUUGCUCCUGAUGGGACCAAUAUAGAGGCUCAGACCCCCGAAGGCACAAGAGUUGCGACCCCCAAUUCAUCCAAAGACACGCAUACCAUCAGCACGUCUCGCCAAGCACUUUCUAAUCGAACAUCGUACGCUGCUGCCCUGAAGGCUAAACCUUCGGAUUGGCAUCUUGAGUUUUCUAUGGACGACCAUGCACUUCCGUUGGAUCUAACAAUAUACGGUGCCAUUCAUCAGCAUGAAGCCCGCAAGAAGCAAGGAGCAGUUCCAUCAAGUUUAAUUUGGCAGGGUGUAUACACAGUGAAAUUCAAGAAAGUGACAGGGCCACCGCCUGAAAAUGACUCAUUCAAAAACCGGUCGCCUAGCCCAGCAUUCUCGUCUCUACCAGAAGAUGCCCCUCAUACCAAAAUACUUCGUCUUCUUCGUGUCUUGCACAAGCUGAACGGCUCAUAUGUUGAAGGGCCGCUAUCAUCUCUAACUGAGAGGCGAAGUUUAUCCGAGGCCACUUUCAUCAAUAAUAAGCUUACCGCAAAACUCACUCGCCAAUUAGAAGAGCCGAUGAUUGUGGCUAGCUCGUGUUUGCCGGAUUGGGCAAUAGAUCUACCGCAAAACUUCCCGUUCCUCUUCCCAUUCGCUACUCGCUAUAACUUCUUGCAGUCAACGUCAUUUGGUUAUGCUCGUCUGAUUUUGAAAUGGCAGAGCCAGCAACAUCGUGGGCAAGAUAGUUCUCGGCGUGACGAAGGUAUUGGCUUCCUAGGCCGUUUGCAGCGUCAGAAAGUUCGAAUUUCGCGCAAGCAUAUCCUUGAGUCAGCAGUCAAGGUAUUCGAACUGUAUGGGUCUUCGUCUUCAGUCUUGGAAGUGGAAUAUUUCGAGGAAGUCGGUACAGGACUUGGUCCUACUCUGGAAUUCUAUUCUCUAGUGUCCAAAGAGUUUGCUAGACGGGACUUGAAGAUCUGGCGUGAUGCGGAUCCCACUUAUCCAGGCAAUUAUGUUCAUCACCCUGCAGGACUUUACCCAGCUCCUAUAAGUCCAGAUGAUAUCGCCAAUGAUGGUGGACAAAAACGAACCCAUAUAUUCAGUGUCAUCGGACAAUUUUUGGCGAAGGCCAUGUUGGAUUCCAGGAUUAUUGACAUUUCCUUCAACAAGAUAUUCGUGAAGCUCGUUCUGGGAGAAGAAGUCCCUGUGACUAUUGCAACUUUAAAGCUGGUAGACAGUGAGUUGGCGAAUUCCCUCCACAAACUACAAGACCUUGCAUCUUUGAGCGGCCCUACUGCAAAGGGUAUGGCAUUAGAUACCGUCCAUAUCGAGGACCUCGCGCUGGAUUUCACUAUCCCCGGCUAUGACAUAGAGCUGCGGCCCGACGGUCGUAAUAUGCAAGUAACUUCGGACAAUGCACACGAAUAUAUUCACGAGGUCCUGGAAGCUAUUGUCGGAAAAGGUGUACAGCUUCAAGCCAAGGCCUUCCGAGAAGGAUUCUCUAAAGUGUUCCCUAUAUCGGAUCUUCAGACGUUCUCUCCAGAUGAGCUAGUGAUGCUAUUCGGCAAUUCUGACGAAGACUGGAGUAUAGAGACCUUGAGUGAAUCUAUCAAAGCUGAUCAUGGAUUCAACGUUGAAAGUCGUGCAAUCCGUGACCUCAUUGAACUCAUGUCAGAGUUCGAUGCUACGACCCGUCGUGAUUAUCUUCAGUUUAUUACAGGUAGCCCGAAGUUGCCUAUUGGAGGUUUCCGUGGUCUGAAUCCUCCUUUCACUGUCGUUCGCAAACCUCAUGAAGCUCCCCUCACUGCGGAUCAUUACCUUCCCAGUGUGAUGACCUGCGUGAAUUAUCUCAAGCUGCCUGAGUACAGCUCGAAGAAAGUGAUGAGGGAGAAGGUGUACACCGCUAUGAAGGAAGGGGUUGGCAGUUUCCACCUUUCUUGAGAUGAUUUUGCAACGACUAUUGACUCACCACUGUAUUACCGUUUUCUUCAUGUCCUGUGCUUUACCAAACAUGUUCAUUAGAGUGCAAUCGAGUCCGUUUGAUUAUA